CUCUCUCUCUCUCUCUCUCUCAUUUUUAUUUUUUCACUGUAGCUCUCUCUCUCCUCUCCCUCCCUCUCUCUCUGGAAAGCAACUGCACCGUCUCUUAAAAUUACCACAGAACAAAAUAAGCAAAGGUCCACUGAUCAGAGCAAAGAUGAACGAUCUAAUGACCAAGUCCUUCAUGAACUAUGUGGAACUCAAGAAACAAGCCCUGAAAGACCUUGAGGCUGGACCAGAUAUUGAACUAUCUGACCUAAGCCUAGAAGAUGAGGAAAACCUAGGUCAAUUCUUUGAAGAAGUUGGCGCCAUUAAAGGUGACAUUGAAAUCCUGUAUGAUCUUCUCCGGAAUCUCAAGGAUGUAGAUGGAGAAAUGAAAUCCGUUCAUGAUUCAAACCCUCUGAAAUUUCUGAGAGAGCGAAUGGAUUUGGACAUGGUUUCAGUCUUAAAGAGGGCUAGGGCUAUCAAAGCAAGGCUUGAACUUCUCGAUAGGUCUAAUGCUGAUAAUAGGAGGCUCUACGGUUACAAGGAAGGGGGCUCUGUUGAUCGAACACGGGUUUCAGUUACUAAUGGUUUGAGGAAGAAAUUGAGAGAUAUCAUGAAGGAGUUUCAGUCUUUGAGAGAGAAAAUCGUUGCAGAGAACAGAGAGGGGUUAAGAAGGAAGGUUUAUGCUGAAACAGGGGUUCUAGUGAGAGAGAGUUUGGCUGAAGAGAUGGUCUAUAAUGGAAGGAUGUUGCAGACUCUUGCAGAGAAGGCCGAGACUCAACAACAUGAGGUGAUAGAGAGAGAUAAUGCAAUGAAAGAGAUCGAAAAGAAUUUGAUGGAGCUGCAUCAGAUAUUUUUGGACAUGGCAGUUUUGGUUGAGGUUCAGGGGGAAGAGAUCGAUAACAUCGAGCAUAAUAUGGUGAAGGCAGGUGCAUAUGUUCGUGAUGCUACAAAGAAUCUUCAGGUUGCAAAGGAGUACCAGAGUGGAAGAAACAAAUGCAGGGUCAUAGGUGGGGCUCUCUUGCUGGUUUUUGUUUUUGUGUUGCUUAUUUCCACCAUUGUAAGUUUGAGCACAUCUUAGGAUUAGGAUGAGUGCUAACUCUGUUGAUGAGAGCUAAGCUCUGUUUUGGAGGUUGGUUUUUGGUUGCACCAUGGUUGUCUACUCUCUCUCUCUCUCACACACACACACACAUCCUGGUUCUUAUAUCUGCCAUGUAUUCUGUUUUGGUUGCUGGCAAUUCAUAAUUCUUUGGUUGCUCUC